GACGUAGCCACGUUCCCUUUCUUCUGCAUACGGGAGACCCCGUUUGUCCCUUUUCCUUCUCGGCCUCACUGAGAGAAGAUGCCUGGAGUAACGGUGAAAGACGUUAACCAACAGGAGUUUGUCAGGGCUCUGUCUGCCUUCCUUAAAAAGUCUGGAAAGCUAAAGGUCCCAGAAUGGGUAGACACAGUUAAGUUAGCUAAACACAAAGAGUUGGCACCUUAUGAUGAGAACUGGUUCUAUACUCGUGCUGCAUCCACAGCUCGCCACUUGUACCUCCGUGGUGGCGCUGGUGUGGGAUCAAUGACAAAGAUUUAUGGUGGACGUCAGCGCAAUGGUGUAAAGCCCAGUCACUUUAGCAGAGGCUCAAAAAGUGUUGCCAGAAGAGUGCUACAGGCUCUUGAAAACCUUAAAAUGGUGGAGAAAGACCCCAAUGGAGGUCGCAGACUGACUCCCCAGGGACAGAGAGACUUGGACAGAAUUGCUGGACAGCUGAAGCUUACUUCACAGAGCCCUUUGGCGAGCUGAAGAAAUUGAGGUUGCAGCAGCUAGCAAGAAACAACAUUAAAAAUGCUAAAUAAAAAAUAAACUAUCUUCUUACUUCCCCA